AUGUCUGGUGACUACCAAAAGCACCCCUUCCUGCUGUCGGUCCAAGAGACCGCUCAGACGCUUGGAGUCGAUCCCGAUAAGGGAUUGUCAUCGCAGCAGGUCCAGCAGGCGCAAGAAAAAUACCCUCCCAAUGAAUUCGAAGUCGGCGAGUCGGUGCCAUGGUACACCAUUCUCAGCAAGCAGCUGUUCAAUGCCAUGGUGCUUGUCCUCGUCUUUGCCAUGAUUCUUAGUUUCGCCAUCAACGACUACAUUGAGGGCGGUGUCCUCGCCUUCGUCAUCGUCGCCAACGUCACCAUCGGGUUCUGGCAGGAAUAUCGCGCCGAGAAGCAGAUGGACGCUCUGCGUACCCUAUCUGCUCCCUCUGCCACUGUUUUGCGCGACGGAAAGACCAAGGUCAUCCCCAAUGCCGAAGUUGUUCCCGGUGACAUCAUCUUGCUUAAGAUGGGCGACACCGUGCCCGCCGAUAUGCGCGUCUUUGAGGCCAUGAACCUGUCCUGCGAUGAGCAGUCCCUGACCGGUGAGGCUCAGCCCGUCGACAAGAUCUCCGAGGCCAACAUUACGGUCCCUGGCACUGACAAGCUCGCCACCGAGGAGGGCGAGGUCGGUAUCGGUGACCGUCUCAAUAUCGCUUAUGCCACCACUAUUGUCCGCAAGGGUCGUGGCCGUGGUAUCGUUGUCGCUACCGGCAUGCAGACCGAGGUUGGCAAGAUCGCCGCCUCUACCCAGAAGAAGACUCGCAAGCCUGGCCGCUCAAUGAAUUACAAGAAGUACGGCAAGCGCCAGCCCGUCGUUGGUCUCACCAAGCGCAUCUACGAUGCCGUCGGUAAAUUCCUGGGUCUCACUGAGGGUACUCCUCUGCAGAGGAAGCUCGCUGCUCUGGCCUACAUCCUCUUCGGUUGUGCCAUCAUCCUGGCCAUCAUUGUGUUCGCCGCCCACAAGUUCGACGUUACUGGCGAGGUCAUCAUCUAUGCCGUUUCUCUCGGUAUUGCCAUCAUCCCCGAAUCUCUUGUGGCUGUCCUCACCAUCACCAUGGUUGUCGCCGUGACUGUCAUGAGAAAGUCCAACGUCGUUGUUCGAGACCUUUCAGCCCUCGAGGCUCUCGGUGGUGUCACCAACAUUUGCUCCGACAAGACCGGGACCCUGACUCAGGGUGCCAUGAUUGUUCGCAAGGCCUGGCUGCCCUUCUCCCACACCUACACCGUCCGCGACUCGCAAAGCCCCAACGACCCGACCAAGGGCCGAGUCACCUACUCCGAGUCCAAGGAGCCGGAAGAGAAGGUUGAGGAGGCGCCCAAGCGCGAUUACGACCAGGAGCGUUCCGCCGCUGUUCUCAAGUUUGACGUUCCCGAGGAGAAGCUGCAAAACAAGUCACCCGCCAAGGAGCCCGAGGCCGAGAACGAGGCUGAGAUGACGCCCCGUCUCAAGGCUUUCCUCCUGUCUUCCGCCCUCUGCAACCUCGCCACCGUUCGAUACGACGAAGAGGAGGCCAAGUGGCAGACAACUGGCGAGCCUACCGAGAUUGCCCUCCAGAUCUUUUCCCACCGUUUCAAGCUCGGCAAGAAGUCCCUUGAGGGCCUCGGUUGGAAGCAGCUUGCUGAGUUCCCAUUUGACAGUUCUAUCAAGCGCAUGUCCGUCAUCUACGACCUUCCUCAGACCAACGAGGCUUCCGACAUCUGGGGCCCCGAAAACAGUCUUGUUUUCACCAAGGGCGCCGUCGAGCGAAUCUUGGACUUGUGCAGCCACAUUGGUUUCGGCGAUGACAAGGUGGAACUCACCGAGGAGCUCAAAGAAGAAGUCCUCAACCAGAUGAACAACCUUGCCUCCCAAGGCCAGCGUGUGCUUGCUGUCGGCUACCGCGACUGGAAUGGACGAUUCACCACCAAGCAGGCUGACGUCUCCCAAGAGAAAGAGAACGCGUUGCGCACCGAAGUCGAACAAGGUCUCACUCUUCUCGGUCUCGCUGGAAUCUACGACCCUCCCCGUCGCGAGACCAAGCCAUCUAUUGCUGAGUGUUCUUCCGCUGGCAUCAAGGUCCACAUGCUCACCGGUGAUCACCCCGAGACCGCCAAGGCCAUUGCAAAGGAGGUUGGAAUCAUCCCCAAGAACCUCGGUGUCUUGCCCGACGCGCUCGCCAAAUCAAUUGUCCAGAAGGCCACCGACUUUGACAAGAUGACGGAUGCGGAAAUCGACGCUAUGCCUGAACUGCCCCUGGUCAUUGCUCGUUGCGCUCCUGAUACCAAGACUCGCAUGAUCGACGCCCUCCGUCGCCGCAACGCCUUCAUGGCCAUGACUGGUGACGGUGUCAACGAUGCCCCCUCCCUGGCCCGUGCUGACGUCGGUAUUGCCAUGGGUUCCGGAUCUGACGUUGCCAAGUCCGCUUCCAAGAUCGUGUUGACUGACGACAAGUUCAACUCCAUCGUUUCCGCUAUCCGCCAAGGUCGUCGUAUGUUCGACAACAUCCAGAAGUUUAUUCUCCAUCUGCUCAGCUCCAACGUCGGUGAGGUCAUCCUACUUUGCUGCGGUCUCGCUUUCCGUGACGGCGCCGACCUCUCAGUCUUCCCUAUUUCCCCCCUCGAGAUUCUCUGGAUCAACAUGGUUACCUCGUCCUUCCCCGCCUUCGGUCUGGGUCGUGAGCAAGCCGCCGCCGAUGUCAUGCGCAAGCCCCCUCAGAACAAGAAGCGUGGUGUCUUCACCAACCAGAUCAUCGUCGAUAUGAUUGUCUACGGUAUCAUCAUGGGCGCCCUGACUCUGGCCACCUUCAUCAUCGUCGUCUACGGUGCCAACGGCGGAGCUUUGGGUAACGAGUGCAACAAGACCUUUACCGAGGCUUGCAGGCCAGUCUUCCGCGCCCGUGCUGCCGUCUUUGCCGAGCUCACCUGGAUCAUCCUCAUCUCCGCAUGGGAGUUUAAGAACUUGCGCCGAUCCAUGUUCCGUCUCAACCCCGACAGCAAGAGCAAAUUCCCCUUCUUCAAGGACAUCUACUCCAACAAAUUCCUUUUCUGGGCCGUCAUCAUCGGCGCUCUCUCUGUCUUCCCUGUCAUCUACAUCCCGACUCUCAACACCACCCUUUUCAAGCACAUUGGAAUUACCUGGGAAUGGGGUAUCGUCGUCGGGUUCACUCUCCUCUAUGUCGUUGGCGUCGAGGCUUGGAAGUUCGUCAAGCGCACCUUCAACCUCCUCGACGACCACCAGGUUGUCAAGGGCGCCUUCAGCCAGGGUGGCGAGGAUGAGGGCCGCGACUUCAAGAAGACUAUCACCUUCAGCUCUUUCAAGAGCUGGCAUUCCUUUGGCCGCAAGGACACCGGCGAAUCGACCGGCCGCCGCAGCCGGUCCCAGCACCGCACCAACACCAAUCUCUCGGGCGACACCCGCACCGGCGAGGGAUCUCCCAGCAACAGCAACGAGAAGGUCUGA